GUUUAGAGAGAAACCAGCUACAAUUCCCACUGAAGCCACUUCCUCCACUACAUAAACAUAAAAACACACACGAGUUUAUUCCAGCUAACUCUACACACUAGAGUUCCUCUUUCAGCGAGUAUAUAUAACAUCUGUCAGGCCAUUUAUUAACGGUUUUUUUUCCGUAUGUACGGGGAAAACAUGGCUUGGAAAGACUAGCUGUGCUGGAUUUAGUGAUGUUGAUGAAAGCUAAGCUGAUCUUUUCUAUCGUUUUAGAGCGGAAAAGGAUUGAAUAAACCGCUCAAGAUUAUUAUUUAUGAUUAUGACUGUAUCUACAGUGUAAAGUGUAUUGUGAAUAGCUGCGUCAGGAGUAUCUAUUUAUUAUUGGGAGCUUUUGUGGUUGUUGGAUAUAAUGUGGAUUGCUAACUGAAUCAUUAGCCACCCAGUUACAGGAUUCUUCUGUUAGUGAAGUUACUCGGAAUCCUCUAAAACCAGGACACCAGAUACACUAAGAGGACAGUGUAUUUUUGCAGACACCCAUAUAAUCAUGACUGCCAUGCGAGUGGAUGCUAAAGUGGUCAUGCUUGGCAAGGAAAGUGUUGGUAAGACCAGUCUUGUGGAGAGAUAUGUACACCACCGCUUUCUUGUGGGCCCAUAUCAAAAUACUAUAGGGGCUGCAUUUGUUGCAAAAGCCCUCAAUGUUGGUGACAAGGUGGUUACGCUGGGAAUAUGGGACACUGCUGGGUCUGAACGUUACGAGGCUAUGAGCAGAAUGUAUUACAGAGGAGCCCGUGCUGCCAUUGUUUGCUAUGACUUGACUGACAGCAGCAGUUUUGGAAGAGCCAGGUUCUGGGUGAAGGAGUUACAGAACUGUGAAGUGCACUGCAAGAUUUAUUUGUGUGGUACCAAGAGUGACCUUAUUGAAGCAGACAGAAGUAUGCGGCAAGUAGACUACCAUGAUGUGCAAGACUUUGCAGAUGAAAUAGGUGCACAACAUUUUGAGACCUCAAGCAAAUCAGGAAAAAAUGUUGAUGAGGUAUUUCAGAAGGUCGCAGAGGACUACGGUAACUGUGCUCUGGAAUUCAUGCAAGGGGAGAAGGGAGUGGACCUGGGACAAAAGAAGGACUCUUAUUUUGACAACUGCUGCCAUAACUGACCUAUCGCUGCAAAAAAACUGCUGCAUCAUAUGGUCUUUUUUGGAAUGACUGGAGGCUUGCUGUCUUUUACACCCCUCAAGGCAUCAACUAGAGUGUCCUGCUAAUGUUUUGCUCAUAUCUCUCUUUUUUUUUUGGUUUUUUUUUGCUGUGCAGUAUGUUGAGAUCAAGCUGUAUGAAGAAGAUAAAGGAUUCUACUUUUCUUGUUCUGAACACUUUUUCUUUUAAGAAUACUUUCUGAACCUGAGAAUGUUGACUCAAGCAAAUAUCAACAAUGCAUGGCAAUCCAUUUGACCAAAAAGAGGAAACCGCACAAAGAAGCGUGACCAAGGGAAAGAUGCCAUUGCAUGGUGAUGAUUGUUGCCAAUGUUCCCAAAGGCCACUGCUUUCACCCAAACAAUGCCUUGACUGAUUUGAAUCAUCUUUUUUUUAAAUUAUAUAUAUAUAAUUUAAAGUGUUUUCAUUUUAGCGGUCUUUGGAUUUUGAGCAUCAUAAUGUUUACACAAAUGUUCAUUUGUCUUUAUUUUGAUCUAUGAACAGUUUUGUUUCAUAUAAAUAUAAGCCCAUCACUUUGCCACACUAAGCUGGAGUGGUUUAAGUUGCAGUUUUCAUAAAUCUGAGAACAGUUGAACUAUUGUUGUCAUAAUGGUAAAGGUUUGGAUAUUGAAUGGGGUGGAUAAUUACUGAUAUAACUUUCCACCAUUUUAAACUAGAAGAUUAGUAAAGCUCGUACCACCAGAAGAAAAGCUGUUAUAAGCUCAUAAGGUAACACUUUACAAUAAGGUUUGUUUAGUUAACAUUAGUAAAUGAAUUAGGUGUCAUGAAAAUGACAAUGAACAAUAUUUGUUUUACAGCAUUUAUUAAUCUAGGUAAAAUGUUAAUUUAUAAAUAUAUAUUAUAUAAAUAUAUAUAUUCAUAAUGCAAUAACCUGUGUUAACAUAUACAUCUUUUAAUGUUAAAAAUGUAUUAAUAGAUAUUAUGUAAGUGUUGUUCAUUGUUUAUUCAUGUAAACUAAUGCAGUUAACUAAUAUUAACAAAAACAACCUUAUUUUAAAAGUGAUACCGCUCAUAAUUAUACAACCUAAGAAAAUAAUACCAUUGAAGAUACAGCAAUGACCCCCUGCCCUGACACGUGUAAUGUGUCAUUUUUAACCAUUCAAACAUCAUGAUGUUCUGUGAAUCAAUUUUUGAAAGCAUGUGCAUAAAUGCUGCCUGUCUGAUGCACCUUUAAAUUUGAGAAUGUUUGCCGUGUUGGAUAAUCAAGCCAAAAGUUUAGUGUGUAGUGUUGUCCCUUAUUUGCAAUUGACUGUUUGACGUCGUAGAACUUGUGUCGAGUUCCACAAAAAACAAAUGGACUGGCAGUAUGAAGAAUGUGAUCUUAAUGUUUACAAUGUAUUUUAAAAUUUCAUUUUACUGCAGUUUUGAUAAGAUGUUGUAAACUGGGACACUGUCAGUUAUAAACAUUUUUGUGCUUGUGAAAUCUUUGUAAUACAGCCUUAGUUUGCUUAGUUUAUACUGUGCCUGUAUUAAAUAGUACUCAAAGAGGCCUGUAGCUAAAGAUAUUGUUCUCUUUGUGAAAAAUUGCAUACUUAAUGCAAACUUGUUGUGAGAGAUUUUGAAAUUGUGCCAUUUUAGCAGGCCCCUAUUUUGAGUUCAUUUGUUACAUUUCAAUGUAAAUUCCAUGAAAACUACAGUGAUCGUAAUCACAAUAUAUUCCAAGUUUACACGGCUAAUGUUGUAACUUUUUGAAACACCCAAAACAUCUAUGGGAACUUUAACAAUUAUUUAAUUUACUGUUUGAUUAAAUAAGAGAUGUAUGUUACCAGUUAGGUAACAAUUUACAAUAAGGUUGUUUCUGUAAACAUGAGUUAACUACAUUAGUUAACAUGAACUAACAAUGAAAAAAUUUUUCAGCACAUUAAUCAUGGUUAAUGUUCAUUUCAACACAUACUAAUAAAUUUUUUAAUUAAAAGUUGUACAUGUUCAGUUAAUGCAUUAUGAACUAACAGUGAACAAUUGUAUUUUCAUAAAUAAUCACUAACAACACUGUAAAACAUAUUGUUCAUUAUUAGUUAAUAAUCCCUAAUGCAUUAACUAACGUUAGCAAACAGAACCUUAUUGUAAAGUGUUACCAAUGAUGCCAUAAAAAGAAGCAGACCUAAGUAAUUUUUUGACCAGAUAUGGAAUUUAUGGGUAAAAUAUCAAACCAAGAAACUCUGUACUGAUUACCACAUGAAAAUGGUUUGUGGUUGGUUCACUUAACUUUAAAUCACCUUGAGUGUGCAUGUGUUAAUAUUGUAAAAAUGAAAUGCUGAGGAGUAAUCACUAUAGUUUUCCUUUUAAGAUGGGCUUUCUCACCAACAUGAGAACAUAAGCAAUGCUGUCUAUCACAUCGGAGGAAUGGAUUUCAUUUAAAUGAUUACAGAUAUCAUCUUGAAGCAAAUCUGUACAUUAGUAAAACCUUUUUGGGCCCUCAGUAAGAUGACUGAAGCUGCUGUGGAACCUGCUAUCUAUAUUUUCUAUAACAGUAUAUACUGAAAAUAAAAAAAAGUCUUUGUAAAAUGUCAAA